CCCACACUUCUUCCAACAGCACAAAGAACGGAGCCAGGCACAUACGUCAAACGCACUUUAAUAGUUUCACAAAACAGCAUCCAUGUCUGGCAUCAGCACUCGCAUCGACAAGGGUCAAAAAAGAUUCGCUCCAACACUCAAAACCCGGCCAAAUCGUAAUAAAACUGUCGUAUCAGAGGAUGGAGCCUCUACAGCCACACCAUCUAUUACAGGAAGCGAUGCAGGAUCCUUCGGAGCCACCUUGCUGGCAGAGCUUGAUACCGAAAACAACCUUACGACUCCGACAGCAGCAACGCCACGCUCUUCUAAUACCCUCUUCAGUCCACAGCAAGCUCAAAAAGAAACUGCCCGGAGAAUGUCAAUUGCAACCCCAGCGGCUAACUCAUCAAACAUUUCAACUUUGACUUCCACUAAGGCUAAUCGAUCCUCUGGACAGACCAUCUCUGUAUCAACAUCCCAGGCUACUACAAAACCAUUAUCUCCAUCACCGCCACCUUCGCCUUCUUCAGAUAGCGUACCGUCUUCUUCCUCAGCAGCAGCGAUAACACAAGCAUCUUCGUCAAUAGUUGCAGCACCAGCAUCAUCCGCUUCAUUAUCUCAAAAACCAGUCAAAGGGGGUUCAAUUAUACAUGCCCCUACCGCAAAACGAUAUUCAGAUGCGCAUGACCUUGAUGAUUAUGACGGGAAUAGCAGCAUUGAAGUCCCAAGCCAUAUAUCGGUUAGGAAGCGGGUUAAAGGGAAGCAAAUUGCUCGACCGAGGAGUCACACUGCUGUUGUAAUCAGUGCUAGUCGUCACCAUACAGCAGAUGAUGCCGAUGGGACUGGCGAUGGCAUCGAAGGAGAGGACGGCGAGGAAUUAAUGCCCGACUACUCCAACAUGUACAUGUAUGAAUUUACAAGAGAUCUCGGCGUCGGAAGGCGAUCUAAAAUAUAUUCAGAGAUCCAGAAGGCUUUGGAGACCAAGAAAAAGGUUGACAAGAAGGCACAGCGGAUAAGGGAUAUUCGACGCAUGGAAGGACGUGGGCCAUCGCCGCCUCAGGAAAGCGACGAUGAGGUAAAUGAUGCAGACGAUGCAAGUAACACAGGCAAUACGACCGACGAGCAAGUUAAAAACGAAAAGAUGAAACGAGCGAAAAGCGAAAACAUCGCUCCGAAACCUCCACAAACUCAUAAAACUCUUGCUCCUCAGGUUCGGGUGAUUGAUGGUCGAAUCGAAUUGGACAUGGAUUCAUUAACUGUUGAUCAUGCAGUAGUAGAGGCAAAUGGCCAUCGAGGACCUCUAGAAUACGUCGAAGAAUCGUCAGCAACUAAAUUCGUCAACAGCGCAUCAUUUAGCAAAAAGAUUCGUUCAGAAAGAUGGACAGAGGCAGAGACGGAACUUUUUUAUGAAGCUAUUUCGCAAUGGGGUACAGAUUUUGGCAUCAUUUGUAGAUUAUUCCCAAGCAAAACACGGAUCGCGGUUAGAAAUAAGUAUAAACGAGAAGAUCGGCUCAACCAUAACCGUCUUGCUGCAGCCAUGAAUAAGAAGGCACCUAUAGACUUGGAUAAUUACUCGAAAAUGGUACAAAGGGAGUUUCCUGAAGUUGAUGACCUUGAAGCAAUCAAGCUGCCUGAAGAUGCGGAGGAUAACCAAGAGUUGUUGGCAGAAAAUGCCUCUGAAGAAGAUUACGACGAUGGAGGGGAAGAAGUGAUACAAAAUGUACAAGAUGAAGACGAUGGAGAAGAGAUUGUUGGCAUGAUAGAAUAA